ACCUGCGAAUCGGGUGACACACUUGCCGCCGGAAGUUGCACCAACUUUCGAUUUACGAUAUAUUUUAAAGUUUCACUUCAAACAUGAAUUUAUAUUUCCUUUCCGGUAAAUGUAUUUUAUAACCUAAAACAGAGAUGUUUUUUAAUGCAGAUGAUGAUGAUGACUUUUCUCCUUCGUUUGGGGCUAGCGCUGGCGGGUAAGAUUGCUUUUAUCGCAUUGAAAUAAUGUGCAUUUUUCGCACCAUUUUCAAACAUGUAUAGUGUAUAGAACCUUGCCUAGUUUUCGGACAGCGAAAUUUCGCAGCCUGUAUUUCGCCACUGAAAAUUGCUAGAAAGUUGAAACUUUUACAAAUGGUGGUCGCUAUCCUAUACUAUCUUAUUCUAAAAGAUGGAGCUCUAAACGUUGUCGGUUAUUAUGUAUUGUAGUAUUUAAUAUUUAAUAUUUGAUAUAGUGAGUCAGUUGGAAUCACAUGGUGCUGAUUCUAAACAUGUUUUUUUUUAUAGUAAAUCAAAGUUGUCGUCGCUGUUUGGGGCGGACCAGGCCGCUUUCAAUUCAUCAAAAAACGACUCGUUGACAUACACUGCACCAAAACAACCUAAGAAACAAACUGGUAGGUUUCAAGUCUUUCAAAUAAACCAAGUUUUACAUUCUGUGACAAAAAUUGACACAUGCCAAAGCAAUCUUGUGACAAGCUGUAUUAAAAUACUCCCAUCCCAAAGCAGGAAGGAUACGACAUGGUUUGCUUUGGCAGAAACUUUCAACAAUAGACACUUUCUGAAUAUGCUGGCUGGGGCUGGCAGUGAAAAUUACUUAUUUACAAUUAAUGGCACUCAAGCAAAUUCAGGAAGUACAGUACGAUAUAUAUACGUGAUGAAAGCUUUCUGUCUGCUCAACAUCACAUGAUCGUACUUGUCAGGGGCAUUUAAUUAAAGACCGAUUUACACUACACAACUGUUGCCUAAAACCAGGGCCGGAUUAACGUUCCGCAGGGGCCGUGGCAUAUUAUUGGAGCGGGGCCCCUUGACUUCAACCGUCCGAACGGCAUUGUAAAUCCUGAAUUCAGUAAAAUUAAAAAAUAUCAUUUUGUAUUUCAUGCGUUGAAAAGUUUCCUGUGUAUUUACAAAAAGAGAAAGAAUUAUGCAUCAAUAUAAUAUUUUGUGUAUUGUAUUCGAACUGAAAUUUAACCCGAUUUAUACCAUUAACAUUAUUAUUUACAGGGUAAAGAUAGCUAAACAUGAUAGCAUCCAUAUAAACUUCUGCCGCCUUCCACGAAAUUCAGCGAUCUUUUAGUAUUUAACAGUUUGCUGCAAAUUUCGAAAUUUUCUGAACCCUAUGAUUUUCUGGCCUCGCGAUCGCUUUUUUGGAGCCUCUUGCCCAAAGAAGGAACAAAAAAUUUUGUGUUUGCGGGCCUGCUUUUGGAACCUCGCCUUUUUUAACUUUGGGGCCUCGUGGUUUUUUUAGUUUGGGGUUUUGCUUUGGGGGCCUUGGACUCUUUAGGGCCCCGCGCUGUUUGGAUCCCGCGCUAAAACAGGGAACAAAAUAAUCGUUUGGGCCCCCGCACUUUGGGGCCUCGAUUUUUAAAUCUUGGGAGCCUGUAGCGUUUUCUGGGAACCUUGGAUUCUUUGGGGCCCCGCGCUGAAACACUAAAACAAGGAAGAAAAAGAAAACAUUUGGGGCUGAUUUUUUGGGGCCUCAUGUUUUCUGGGGGACUUGGGCUCUUUGGGGCCCCGCACUGGCGCAUUGUUUGGGCCACGCGCUGAGACAGGGAACAAAAAAUUCACAAAAAGAAUAGAAGAGAGAAGCGCGGGGCCCCAAAAAGCGUGGGGCCCGUGGCAUAUGCCGCUUCUGCCAUAUGGUUAAUUCGGCACUGCCUAAAACUGUCCAACAUGCAACCUGCUUACAACUUGAGUUUUACUGUGUAGAUCGAGCACACAACUCUGCGUUGUUGUAAGUUGUAAUACGAGACAGUUUUAGGCAAAAGUUGUGUGGUAUAAAUCAGCCUUGAUGUGUUAACUAGACUAUUUGCCCACAUAUCUUGUUAAUUCAAGUAAUUGAGCCACAUAUUAAUGCAAACAAUAUUAUUCAUCCGGAGGAAAACACUGUUAGUUAAUGAGUUAAUUAAUUAAUUAAUUAACAAUUAUUAAUUAAUAACCCAGCAGGCAAAAUGACGUUGAUUCAACGUUGAAUCAAUGUCAGACAUGGCCUCCCAGACGGUGGAUAUAGACGUUGAAAAAGAAUUGAAAUGCAACUUGGAUCGACGUUACACUUUUGACGUUGAAACAAUGUUGGGAUUAGGUUGCCAAUCUUGUGAACCAUAAUUCAACAUUGAAUCUGUGUUAAAACAACGUUGAGAUUACUUCACAUAUAAUCAACCAUGAAUGGACGUUGAUUCAACUUCUGUUAGUUGAUGUUCAACCAACGUUUUGUAAAACGAUAUCAGAGCAACAUUGAUAUUAGGUUGUCAACAUCACAACCUUUUUCUAACAAAUUCCAAUGUUGAAACAACGUUGUGUCCCCGGUGAGAAUUAUCUAAUUGUAAUUGAUUAAUCAGUACCAGUAAUUGAAACUGAGUUGAUAUAUCUGUAGCAUCCGCUGGUCAAGAAACCCCUCCAGCUGUUAUACAUGCUGUUGCUGUCCAAGUUUUUAAAUUGUGAGUUUUUGAAGUUUAGUUUUUGUCACUUGUACUGAAACAAAGCUAUACUGUACCUCUGACUAUACCUUGUAUUCUAAUUCUGGAACUUUUCCCCCGAUGAAGUGUAAAUGGCCAGUAUGCUAGUCAAGGAAAACUCGGAGUGGCUGUGUUAGGAAACCAUGUUAAAAAAGAGGUAAUUAAUAUAUAAUCUUAUGUUCUUUUUUUUCAAAAUGCUACAAAACUUUAUAUUUUAUAGAAGUACAUUAUUUCUGUUAUUUUAGUAUCGUUUACUUGUAUACGCUGGCAAAAAACAACAAGUUACAAGUGCAAAAAUAACAAGCAGUUUUUCGUUUGUGGUAAGUUCUAAUUAACCCAUUGAUUGCGGGAACCACUGAGUAUUUUCAUAAAAUACAAUACAACGGUAACUCCGAAUAAAGUAAGCAUUUUGAUUCAACGUUUUGACUUUAUUUAGUCAUCAUCAGGAAUGGUUAUAUUACAUGUGCAUGUGUUAUAUAUACUCUACGUAAUUUGAUAUAUAAUUUAAAAAAAAAAACGAUAGUUCUCUGGAUGCUUUAGUCCCAUGAUUCAGUUCCGGUUUUUGUCGAUGAAUGGCGAGUGCUUCUUUGAACAGCAGAUUUGGCCAGUGCUUAUCCCUAUCUUACCCUGGAUUCCAGAGCCUUCGACAGUAAAUAAUAAAUUGAAAUGUCGCGAAGGCUCUGGUUCAACGGGGCGAUUUUCGCGACAUUUCAAUUUAUUAUUUACUGUCGAAGGCUCUGGAAUCCAGGGUAAUCCCUAUCUAUGAUGUUGCAGUUGUUCAGUAGGAAGGCUGUUAGGUUAAAUUGGUCAGUGUUGGGUUUGUCUAUGUUCAGUUGUAAUAGAUUUGUCAGAUAGUUGAAUUGUUCGCAAGUGUUAAUGUGUUUAUAAAUCUCUGAGUUUUUGUCUGUGAUUGCAUGUUCAUUCAGUCUUGUGUAGAGGCAUGUGUCUGUUUUUCCUAUGUAUGUUUUGACGCACGCAGGACAUGAAAAUUCUCUCAUCUGGCAUUUGAAAAAGUAAAUAACACAAUAUGGCAACUCAGGGUGCAAUACCACUUAUAAAGGGUUAAAUAAUACAACAAUAAUUUAGCUAUGAUUCUGCAUUUAGCAACCACCUGUAUUGAGCAGCCUUUCAUCUCUUAGGUUCAAGCAAACCAUUACUCAUCAUUUUAUGAACCUGUGUUAACCCAUUGAGUGGCAGCACUCUCCACUUGACGAGUAAAAUUGUCUGCCGUUCGACAGAGUAAAAUACUAAAGUAGGGUGCACCAGGGUGCAUUGCCACUUAAAGUAUUAAGCAGCCUUUUAUCUCUUAGGUUCAAGCAAACAAUUACUCAUCAUUUUAUGAUGAUGCGAGGUCGUCAUGGUCGCUGAGAUUUGAUUCGUCACAAGCUGUGAUUGACUUUGCUAAACAGGUAAAUAAACACAAGACAAAUUCUCUGAACAAAUUAGCUAGAAUAGCUUGCAAGUUCAUCUGUUUGAACAACGUGUGCAGAUAUAUAGUUUGUUUUCAUGGAUGAGCUGUGUUUUUGCUGCAUUUUUGCACUGACCAAUUAUUGGUAGUAGUAUAUGCUUCACACCAUAGCUCUAUCUCUCAUGUAAUAUAUGGACAUUUCCUCAUCUUAGGUUGGUCUGGCAAGAUAUAACUCGACUCCUGGAAAUUUGAUAAAACAAGAUUUACAACCUGGAGAUGGACAGGUGAUAUGCAGUUUUGAUUAGCAAUAAUUAUAUUAUGCUUGUGAUGUUACUCUGAGUGUAUAUCCACACCGGGCAAGCUUGAAAAAUAUGCCUGAUCACGGUGGGAAUCGAACCUACGACCUUUGGAAUACCAGCCGAAUGCUCUGCCAACUGAGCUACGCGGUCUGGUCGGUUCGAGUAUGUGAUAUUUCGGAACAGAAUCUAGUUCCUUCUAUAUAGUGUGAAUCGUAGGUUCGAUUCCCUGACCUGACCACGGUGGGAAUCGUAGGUUCGAUUCCCACCGUGGUCAGGCAUAUUUUUCAAGCUUGCCCGGUGUGGAUAUACACUCAGAGUAACAUCACAAGCAUCAUAUUCACCUGAGUACAUUACACCAACACAGAAAAAUCAUGAAUAAUUAUAUUGCAGUGCCCUUGUGAAGUGGGCAGAUAUGUCUGAGAAUUUAUCUAAAAAGCAAACUAUUAAUGUUUGAAGCAAACUAACGAAGCUAUGCUGUGAUAUUUUGUAUUAACACAUGUUGACAAGCCUGGCAGUGCACAUAAAUACUGCAUCUGCUUUUUAGUCUUAAUUAACCUCUUUCUCAAAAAGCUCAUCUUCCUUGCAUAAUCUGUGUGUUUCUGACACAGGCAAUUGAAAGUGGUGAUGCUAUUGAAGUCAAGUACACAGGUUCUUUGUGGACAAAUAACACAUUUGGAAAGGUACUGUGUGCUGUGCAAUUAGAAGUUUUAGCCAGAAUGAGUGUUGUAUUCAUAUAUAAAUAGCUGGCUUAAUUCUUUUUUGUUUUUAGGUUUUUGAUUCAAAUGCAACUGCAGAUAAAUUGUUCAAGUUGCGCCCUGGUAAAGGGAAAGUGAUUAAGGUAUGAUCAUACGAAUCUAUCUGAUUGAAUCAACUUUCAAAUAUAUCAAAAACACUGGACAUGAUUUGAUCAUUUUUUCUCUUGCAGGGCUGGGAAGAUGGAGUUCUUGGGAUGAAAAAAGGUGGAAAGCGUUUGCUAGCAAUUCCACCUGAACUUGCAUAUGGAGAUAAAGUAGGUGCAUCUUACUCAUUAUUUAAUAUUCCACAUACGUCAUAAUAUUCAUUCAUUGUCUGAAAUUCUAACAGGGUGUUCCAUCUCGUGUGCCUCCGAAGUCCACCCUGCUUUUUGAAGUUGAAAUUUCAAGGGUAAGAAAAUAUGCUUGUGAUGUUACUCUGAGUGUAUAUCCACACCGGGCAGGCUUGAAAAAUAUGCCUGGCCACGGUGAGAAUCGAACCUACGACCUUUGGAAAACUAGCCAAUGCUCUGCCAGCUGACAGUUGGCAGAGCAAUGGGCUAAUAUUUCAAAGGUCGUAGGUUCGAUUCCCACCGUGGCCAGGCAUAUUUUUCAAGCUUGCCCGGUGUGGAUAUACACUCAGAGUAACUUAAUUCACAAGCAUCUUAUUCACCUGAGUACAUUACACCAACACAGAAAAUAUCAUGGUAAGAAAAUAGUUGAAGAAGUUUUUUAUCAUAAUAUACAUUCUUAAACUAUUAAUUUUAAUUCUCAUUUUUAUGAAGGUGAAGUUUUCAAAAGAAAAGGCAGUGAUACAGCAGUGUAGUGAUACAACAGCAUCAACACCACCUUCUGCGCAUGAGCAAAGCCACAAAGACGACGUUAACUCGUCAUCCAGUUCAGGUCAUUCCAAGUAGGUCACCCAGCAAAAAAUGAACGCUCAGCCAUUUCACUUUCAACCGAAACUACGAUAUUUCAUAUGCUUAAUCUGCCUUGUUUUGUAACUAAAUUACUUGGAACUAAAUAGUAAUCUAGUUUUGUAACUAAAUUACUUGUAACUAAAUUACUUGUUUUGUAACUAAAUUACUAAAUUUUCGUCAAGUAGUAGCGAUUAAAUAACUGUCUAACAAAGGUGUUUGCUCAAAACGUUGAGAUGUUUUCUGGUACUGUAGCAGUUCAGGGAGAAACCACGAGAGCUAAUGUUAUUUUUAUGCUUGUUAUAGAGACGACGAAGAUCUCCGCGAAAGAACUGCCUCGCUGAACAAAGAAUUGUCAUUG